GGUCGGGGACGGGGGCAGAGGUCUUCUCAAAAAUGCCAACAUGCUCCAGAAAGAGGAAGAGGCAUCCCGAACAGAGCGGAAACUGGACGCGAUAAAUUCGGUUCGGGCUCCUAAUCGGCAAAUGAAAAACGUGGACUUCUUCGCCACCACCUGGAAUAUGGGCGGGGUGGACCUGGAAGCCCUCGAGGCAGGGCAUUUCCGCGAGGCAUUGCUUCCUCAGUGGUUGCCCCCCAGCUUUUCUCUCUACGUACUGGGUGUGCAGGAGUGUCAAUGCCUCCGACAAUUUCGAGCGGACGUCCACUCGCAUUUGGGUGGACCGGAAGCCUUUGUCAUGUUCGGGGACGAACUAGGAGAUGAUCAAUUUUUGCAUGGUUUCAUCGCGAUUACCCUCUUUGUCCGAGCAGAUGAUGUCGCCACUGGCGCCUUCCAUCUUCACAAAGGCGCCGUGAACAAGGUUGCUGCUGGGGUUUCUCUGGGCGCUCUGGGUCAUGCGCCUAAUAAAGGGAUGGUUGGACUUUCCUGCCGGUAUUACGAUGUCUCGCUCGCCUUCGUCACUGCUCACUUUGCAAGUGACUCGAAGGGCCGAAACCGCGUCUCAAAAAGGAACCAGCACGCGCGGACUACCCUGCAGGCUUUAUCGCUCCACAAUGACUCGGAUGAUUUCGAGGUUCACCACCAGCAUCACCAUCAAAUCUGUUUGGGGGACUUUAACUACCGUCUCUCUCCGGCCACACCGACGGAAGUAGUGCAGCUCGUGGCCCGCUCUGCACAAAUAUCGCAAGAAAUCGUCGCGAAUGAGGCGUCCGAAUCAAAUGCAAACCCCACUUCAGAAAACUGGCGAAAACUCAGCUAUAAACACUUCUUUGAGCGGCCCACGGGUUUAACAUUCAGCCUUGGCAGCAUUCCCGAGUUGCCUCCAUGUUUGGGCACACGAUAUUCGUCCAACUCCUCGCAAAAUGUUAGUCAACCCUCAUACGGUACCAGCGGACUUGGUUUGCCCAAUUCGACCUCCAGCAAAAGCUACCUGGGCGGGAAAUUGCCGCACCUCUUUCUUGCUAGAAGUGGCAGCAAUGCAGCCAAAGAUGAGUUGAAUCGGCCGCCUGAGGCGCAUGGGAUAGGUGCUGGUUUCAGCAACGUUUUGAGGCGCCGUCCAUCCAUGGAAUUGGACAUGUCCUCUCC